AGCCGACCCGGGGCGAUAGCUGACAUAAACUGUCAGCGGUCCCGCCGCCCUCCGUGGGCUCUACCUGCCCGCAAGGCGGCCAGCUUAGCUAGGGUUUCUUGUGCUUGCGGUGGGAACUCCUCGUCCUGCUGGCAGAAAAAGAAUAAUAUGCAUCGACCGCGACGGGCCCGGUCAGACUGCGCCUAAUUCGGCUGAAUGAAGAUGAGGAUUGCCAUCCGGGAGCAGCUCGCAGCGGUUGUCAUACUCACCGUCGGCGUUGCUCUUGCCGUCGUCUCGAUUCCAACAUGGAUCUUCGUCAAUGGUUUUACCGUCGGCGUCGAGUCUGACGGGUUGGCUCUGACUGCUUCACUUAAGGCCGCUAGGAUCUCGUCCGAGAUCAACCUGAUUCAGACAACCUGUCAGAUGAUCACGACGCGCUUGUUACUGCAACAGGCCUUCGACAAAUUCUACAGCUCUCAGGUCAACAAUGCUUCCGAUGGUGACCCCUGGACCGAAGCUCGAGCCGAUCUGAGCAGCGCGCUGGGCCGGACGGGCUUCUCCAAUUUGCUGCAAGCUCGGCUGUACUCGCGCAACUCGACUGGCGAUCCGAAGGGCCUCCUCAGCGUGACCGGCACCGGCGCCACCGACUACGGGCCCGUUCUUCUGCCCUACAGGGCUCCCGACGGCUCCCCUGUCUAUCUGGGCGAUGGAGAAUACGGCUUUCCGCCUUCGCUCUACCCCAAUAUCACUUAUCUGGCCCUCAAUCGCACCAUUAAUGCCACAUCAGACAUACAAGCCUGGUCGGCUAAUGUUUUCCCAGGAGUGUCUCUGGGAAAUGGAAGCUCUAGGGCAGGCGUUCUGCUUGGGCCGCUUAUCGUCAACUCGACCUAUGCCUUGCUUUCCUUCACGCUUCCAGUCCGCACACUUGACAACAAUGGCUACAUACUCGGGUACUUGACUCUGCUUGCCUCGACCCGGUCGCUGAUCGACGUCCAGCUCUCUAAUGAAGGCUUGGGCCGCACCGGAAUCGUUUUAUUCGUUGGGUCCGUCAACCCGUAUAAUCAUUUUGGACCCACGGUGGUAGCAAGCAACGCGACUUACAAGCCUCCGCCUGAAGAGAUCGCGGACCAGGAUGUGCACUUUCUCCUCCCCCCUCAGCCUGUAGAGGGUCAGCAAGAUCGUCAUUCCCUACGGAGCUUCGGGUCAGGCAACUUUGGUCAGGAGUUCAAGCUCCGCCAGUACCAGGCCGUGCUCGAUGUUUUCAAGAACCAGAAUCCAAGUCCAAACAACGCUACAAGCACCCUGUCGACGAAAAACGAACAAGGGUAUUCGGUCGCCGUCGGCGUUGCCCGGCCGCAGACCUCGCUGGUUUCCUGGGCCGUCAUUGUGGAGCAAGAGGAGAGUGAGGCUUUCGAGCCCAUGAAGACGCUGCGAACUAUUCUCCUGGGAUGUGUCUUUGGAACCCUAGGUCUGGCCCUGUUGCUAGUUUUCCCGUUUGCGCACUGGACCGUGAUGCCCAUCAGGAGGUUGAAAGAAGCAACCGAAAACUCGAUUGCUCCUCCGGGCUAUGAGAGUGACGAGGACGAGGUCUUCGAUGAGGAAAACCCCAGCUCAGGUGGGACGACGUCGGGGAGGUCGUCCGAAAAGGGGAUGUUGGCUAAGUGGCGCCGGAAGAUGCACAAACGACGCAAGGCCAAGCUGCGGCAGAACAUGGCGCUCGACCCAAGCCGAAGGCAGUUCAAGAUACCCGCCAGGGUCCAGGACGGGAAGCAUUACGUGACCGAUGAGCUCACGGAACUGACCCAGACGUUCAAUGAGAUGACGGACGAGCUGCUGAAACAGUACACGUCGCUGGAUGAGAAGGUAGCGGAACGGACGAGGGAGCUCGAGAUCAGCAAAAAGGCUGCCGAGGCUGCCAACGAGAGCAAGACUCUUUUCAUCGCCAACAUCUCGCACGAGCUCAAGACGCCACUGAACGGAAUCAUGGGCAUGUGCGCAGUGUGCAUGGAGGAGGAUGACGUCCAACGGAUCAAGCAGUCGCUGAAGACGGUCUACAAGUCCGGCGACCUCUUGCUCCACCUCCUCGAGGACUUGCUCAGCUUCUCUAAGAAUCAGAUCGGACAGCAAGUCAGUCUCGAAGAACGCGAGUUCCGCCUCGGCGACGUCCGGUCACAGAUCUUGGCGAUCUUUGACAAGCAAGUUCGGGAGAGCAAGAUCGCGUUUACCGUCACUUUCGUUUCUACCGAGACCGUCGAGGCCAGCCCCGGCCCAGAUAGGCGAACCAGCACGGACAACCGGCUUCCUGCGCUAGGCCCGCCCGGUGUGGGCAGGCUCAAGGACAUGUGCCUCUGGGGGGAUCAACACAGAAUUCUCCAGGUCAUCAUCAAUCUCGUUAGCAACAGCCUGAAAUUCACGCCCGCUGGCGGUAGUGUCAGCCUCAGGAUACGCUGCGUAGGCGAGGUUGAGCAACCUAGCGACGAGAGCAGGACGUCGUCGUUCUCUAAGACCGGCUCAAACCGGCCUGGGCGCGCCAGACAUCGGGUGGGAUCUUCAUCCACGAAUUCGGCCAGCUCCAAGGACCGCCAUGCACGGAUCCCGUCGGUCAAUGGAGGAACCGCUCUCGCUAUCAACCCGUUGGACCCAAAAGCCACACCGCAUGUCCAUCUCAGCGACCGGGCCCCGACGCCGCCACCGCCGAAUGCGAAGACUUUCCUGUUUGAGUUCGAGGUUGAAGAUACCGGGCCGGGCAUCCCAGAACAUAUGCAGCAGAAGAUCUUUGAGCCGUUCGUUCAAGGCGACCUGGGGUUGAGCAAGAAGUAUGGCGGGACGGGCCUUGGCUUGAGCAUUUGCUCACAGCUGGCUGCCCUCAUGGGAGGCAACAUUACGCUCAAGAGCACUCUGGGCGUGGGAACGACUUUCACCAUGCAGAUACCCCUGAAAUACGUCAAGGACCGCGCCUCCAGCACGGCGUCUAGCAGCCUGAAAUCUCGGCCGCCCAGUGUUGGCUCGGCAGAUGGUGAGACUUUGCGGAACUCGGUCCCCAGACCUUCCACGGAGAUCCAACGGCAGCCAGCCCCGCCGCCCUUGCUGGACCAGCAGCCGCGCCUCGUGGGCCUCAGCCAGCCCUUCUUUGCAACAACGCCGAACCGACCUAGCAAGGAGGAUCAGAUGGCUGCCAUCGACCGGGCCAUGGCGAAUAAGCCAUCGGGGCAGGGAAAGCUGCGCGUGCUGGUGGCCGACGACAACUCGACCAACAUCGAGGUCGUCAGCAGGCUGUUGAAACUGGAAGAUGUCUACGACGUCACCAUUGCCAGGGAUGGCCGGGAGGCCUACGAUAUCGUGAAGGCCAACAUCGAGAACAACCAGCAGUUCGACGUCAUCUUCAUGGACAUCCAAAUGCCGAAUCUGGACGGCCUUCAGUCGACACGGUUGAUCCGCAAGAUGGGUUAUUCAGCGCCCAUUGUCGCCCUGACAGCCUUCUCGGAGGAGAGCAACGUCAAGGAGUGCAUGGAAUCCGGCAUGAACGAGUUCCUCAGCAAACCGAUUCGCCGGCCGGCAUUGAAGCAGGUGUUGGAAAAGUUCGCCACCAUACCGGAAGAGCCUGAGACGUCCAGCCUUACGCGGAAGACGACGCCGGAGAAUACUCUGGCGGGCACCCCGGAAAAGGAAGUCAAGGACCCGAUUACGCGUGAGGAGGCCGUGCCGAAGGCCAACGGAGUUCCUCCCUCGGCUGCUCCCGCCGCGAAGGCACAAUGAUAUAUACCGGGGUCUUGAGGACAGGACCCCUUGUCGACCUGCCGGUUUCAUCUUUUUUCUGUGAUUUUUUGUAUAUAUUGCCAUCUUCGAUACAAUUUCCUAUACGGGUCACUGCACUGGAUCAAAAGUCGGCGAGGCGUUUACGGGGGGGCCACUCCUAUUAUCAUAUCUCAAUAUAUUUCACUGUAUUCGGGGUGGAACGGGACGCGGGCAGGCGUUGAACAGCUCCUGAAGCUGUCUAUUUGCUGUUGGAUUUUGGAUGGGCCGGGGGAAGCAGCAAAAGAAGAGCAGGACAGAGGCCCGGUGUGGUGCGAAGAAGCUGUGAAAUAUCAGUAUCAUAUACUAAUAGUCGGCAUUGUAUCAAGCUCGACGUGUCAUCUCUUAACUUCUCA